CAGCCCAAGUCUUCCCCCGGGAUUUCGGUCAAAGUAAAACGGGUGGAAAAUGGGAAUCGGUGGCCUGGGAACGCCAGGCUCCAAAGAAGGGCUGCCCUUAAGCACGAGACGGGUGGUUCUGCUGGCCCCGUUUUAUCUCAAUCCUCAAUAUUUGGGAAGUUUGGCAAAAUGGUUCCGGAUUUGAUUCAUCUUGAGAGCAGGGGUGUAGACACUUAGCCCACUCACUUAGCAUUCAGGGCCCCCCCCAGCUCUGCUCUGGCCCCAGUGCUUGCUCCACUCUGACCACCUGUCCUGCGCUCCUGUCAGGGUUAGGGUGCUGGUCUUGCUCCACUCUGCCUGCCUGGCACGCCUGCCGGGGCUGGGUAGAACGGGGAAAGCCCUGGUGUUCCCACCCAUCCCUGGCAGGCGUGUCGGAUGGGCAGAGUGGGUAGGGGCACAGGAGUGCCCAUUUUUCUGGGGGUCUGGGUUGGCCCGGUGGCUGAUCCACCAGUGGGAGGAGAGCAAGCAAGCGGGUGUCCGGCAGCGGUAGAGAAGAUCUUCAAAAAAGCAAUUAAGACCUCUGCCAUGGCAGCAAAACCCAUUGUGACUUCGAAGCAGAGAGAGGAGGUGGUGAGGGGUGUCCCAACAGAAGUGGUGUGCACGGCCUUCUCCAACUCCAUUCUUGUGGUGGUGACGCAGUAUGGGAAGAUGGGAACUCUCGUCUCUGUGGACCCCAGCACAAUAACCAGUGACAUCAGCAAACCUUCACUCACCACAAAAGUGCUGCUGGGCACAGAUGAGCCCCUCAUCCAUGUUUGUGCUAAAAACCUGGUGACAUUUGUGUCUCAGGAAGCUGGGAACAAACCUGUUCUCCUGGCUAUAGCAUUGAAGGACAAGAGCAUGGAAGGAAUAAAAGCUCUGCAGGAGUUGAUCCGAAGUUGCCAAGUGUGGUGAAGCUGUGCUGUCUGAAUGCAAGGAAGGGAUCCUGGGUCAGUAACCUACCACUGUUUAUUUAAAAGGACAAAACACGCCUUUAUGCUGGUUUUGGAUCCUGUUGAGGAUUUCAUUAAUUUUCUCUACCGUGUAGAACUUUGGGCGAUUUUGCUGUUGUUGCUGGGUUUGGAGCCCAUGCAGUUAAGCAGUGAAGUUAGAACUUUUUUCUCAGUGCAAAAUGAAAUUUCAUUUCCAUCAUAUUGGGUGGAGGUUGUAUAUUUGGAAAACUGCACGUGGCUUUGCAGCAGCGUCCAGAGAAGUAAAUGGCUUCAAGCAAUGUAAUAAUGAAAUGCUGUGCUUCAAAGUGUAAAAUGUGAUGUAGAAUGAAUAAAAAUACACAUUGGCAAAUG